GCUACAAAAUGUAAUCCCUUUUCCUGUUUGAGGAAGUGACCUCAAAAGCACAAAGUACAUUCUUUUCCAGAGUAGGUCUUGGGCUCAUGUUUGGAAUGUGAAAAGAUCUGUAAAAAUGCAGCUCUGUCCCAGUGCAGUUGAGGCCCGGCAUUCUUGGCAUUUAAUGGGAACCCUGGUAUUUUUUUCAUGUCUACUUUCACAACUUUGUGCAUUCAAUCUCGAUGCUGAGAAUCCAGUCAUUUACACAGGACCUAAAGGAAGUUACUUUGGAUUUUCUGUUGAGUUCUACAUGCCUGGGGCUGGCACUCGAGGUGUCCUUAUUGGUGCUCCAAAGGCAAAUACAACCCAAGAAAAGGUUACAGAAGGUGGAGCAGUGUUUCAUUGUCCUUGGUCGUCUAAUGGAAGUCUAUGUACAUUAAUACCAUUUGAUACCAAAGGUGACCGAUACAUUAAUCACCUAUUUGAUAUUCUGAUAGAAGAUAAAUCCAACCAAUGGUUUGGAGCAACGGUCAAAGCACACAAGGAAACAAUUGUGGCCUGUGCCCCAAUGUAUCGCUGGAAGUUUGUGAAAUCAACCUCCCAUGAGAACCUCACUAGUGGGAUUACACCAGUGGGCUCAUGCCUGGUAGCAUCCAAGAAUUUCAGCACCUACGCAGAAUAUUCUCCCUGCCGCUCCAAUGUUUUGGAAAUGCAGAUAAAACAUGGUGCCCCUGAUCAACGUUUUUGCGAAGCAGGGUGGAGCAGUGAGCUCACAAAGGGAGGAAAACUGCUCUUGGGAGCACCCGGCAGCUUCUUUUGGCAAGGUCAAUUGAUCGCUGCCAACAUUGAUGAUAUUCUCAAAAAGUAUAACUACGAUUAUCCUCUAAAAGUAUUGGGAGUGAAGAACCAAACUGAAGAUGCAAAAGGGACACAAGAUAACAGCUUUAUGGGAUACUCACUUGCCUUGGGGGAAUUCACAGGAGACUCUGUAAAUGAAUAUCUCGUGGGAGCUCCCAGAGGGAGACACACUUUGGGUUCUGUGACUAUCUUGUGGUCUACUAAUAUGACAGCCAUAAAAAGCAUUAUUGGUGAGCAGGUAGCAGCAUAUUUUGGCUACACAGUGACUGUCCUGGAUAUAAACAGUGAUGGGAGAGAUGAUAUUUUAGUUGGAGCUCCACUGUUUAUGAGCCGAGGACAGGAUGGCAAACUGCACGAGCUUGGGCAGAUGUACGUUUAUUUACAGGAGAAACCUGGAGUCUUCGUAGAACCACCACAGACCUUAACAGGAACAGACAAAUAUGGCAGAUUUGGAAGUGCCAUCACCUCCCUUGGGGACCUGGAUUAUGAUGGAUACAAAGAUGUAGCAGUUGGAGCCCCAUUUGCUGGUGAAGAUGGUAAAGGAAGGGUGUUUAUUUACCUGGGACAUGCGACUGGCCUCUAUCAAAAGCCUUUUCAAGAACUGAAGGGAAUUUGGACUCCUGAUGUGAUAUCAGCAGGAUUUGGCUUCGCAUUGAAAGGAGGUUCGGAUAUUGAUGAAAAUAAUUUCCCAGAUUUGAUUGUUGGUGCUCAUGAUGCCGAUAAUGUUCUGGUGUACAGGGCAAAACCAGUUGUAGCAGCCAAUGUUAAACUCACACUUGAACCAGAUAUUCUGAAUCCAGAAUUAAAGACAUGCACAUUGUUUGGAACUUCUAUCCUUGUGACAUGUUUUAAGGUGCAGAUAUGUGCAGAAGUGCAAGGCCGUGAUACUGUUCAGCAUUAUGGUAAGUGCAAAUUUGAAAUAGUUGGAUUCUGCUCUAUGCACACUCUGUCCAAGUGGAACUCACCUUUAUCAAUUUCUAUUUAUGUCUAUUUUUUUCUUUCUUAUGUUUCUACCUUCCAACCAGCAGCCGCUGUAUGUCGUCUCUGGCUCCUUCUCCCACAGCUGGCUCUAUUUGCCCUUCAUUUCUCAGAUAAAGACCAUUUGAUUGCUGGGGAAUCCAAUUUUCUGACAGUCUUUUUCAAUGCUGUCAAUCUUGGAGAAGGAGCAUAUGAAACUGAACUGCAUAUCCCCCUCCCUCCUCAAGUUGACUUCAUAAGUGUUGUGCGAGAUUAUGAGAUCCCUACCAAAUUGAGUUGUAACCCAGUGAUGAGUAAUGGCAGUCAAGCAGUGAGCUGUGACCUUGGGAAUCCAAUGGAAAAUAACACAAAGAUAUCUGCAGGACUCCAUUUCACGGUGCACAGCUUGGAGCAGGUGGAAACCGUCACAAUCAGCAUGCAGAUAAAAAGUAAAAACACUCAAAACUCUGAGAGUGAGGUGGUCCAGUUGAAGUUGCAAGUGAAAGCUGUGGCUCAGCUUGUUCUCAGGGGGGUUUCACAGCCCAACAAGGUAUUCCUCCCAUUUACCAAUUUGGAAUCGCCUUUAGAUACGGUGGUGAAGAACAACACUCUACAAGGGAUAGCACACAUUUAUGAGCUGCACAACAAUGGCCCAUCAACAAUUAGUAAAGCCCUGAUUGAAAUUGACUGGCCUGCAGAUUUCAAUGGUGAUGAUCUCCUGUUCAAAUCUACGUUUCAACCAUGGGGCCCAAUCAAGUGCGCAGUAAACUCCUCCAAUGCUGACAUAUGGGCACAGCCUUUAAGUACAGAGAAGCCUCACAUUACUAACAACAUUCGUCGUGAGAUGAAUAAAAGAGAUGUCAGCAAACCUGAAAUGUUAAUGGAGGAAACCAUCUUCAAUCUGACCUGUGACACGAGCACCUGUGUGAAACUUUUGUGCGAAGUGGGUCGCCUGGAGAGACAAAAAGCAGCUUCGAUAACCAUACAAUCUUCUCUCAGAGUAGAGCCCUUCAUUAAGAAGCUUUACAAACAGUAUAUUUUCCAGUCCAAAGUAUCUUUCGUUGUGCAAGAAAUGCCUUACAAAGUACAUCCUGAUGAGUUCUCCAGAGGCAACAGAGUGGUAGAAACUAUAAUUGAAUCGAGUGAACCCGAGGGUGCUGGGAAUGUACCAGUCUGGUGUAUUAUUGUUGCAGUGAUUGGUGGCUUGUUACUUGUAGGUCUGGUGACAUUCAUCCUUUGGAAGUGUGGAUUUUUCAAAAGGAAACUGCCACCAACCGAAAAUGAGGAACUCCUGUGACAUCUAACCAAUAACAACACCCGUUUCCCAUCUUUUGCAAUCUGAAAAAAAACUGUGGUCUCUUCAAAGCCCAAUGAAAUUCCGUCAGAUACAUUUUCACCUUCGUGCUAAUGGGGUCAAUUCCCUUCACCAUCAGUUCCUUCAUUAACACCAACAAUCAGAAAAUAGUGCACUGGGCAGCCAAGUAGAUCUCAUGAGUACCUCCAUUAGGCUAGAUCCCCAGCAGAAACCAGAAUGUGAUUUCUAAAAGUAUAUUAAAGUAAUUACUGACCUUGCAGAUGUCUUAAUUAAAAAUACUGAGUCACAGUUAAGACAAUUUUCUAAACAUAGAUAAUUACUUACCCAGAACAAGCUCAAAUAAUCUGAACUAACCACUAUCUUUUGUUAUGAGACAGGCACAGGUGUAGUUUGUUCUUGCUUUUUAUUUCCUAUAUUGCACCUCAUACUCUAACCCACACAAAACGGGGAAAUCAUAUCCAGCCCUUCAUGGUUCAUCCUCCUCCUCUGACUGUUAUAGUGAUCAUCAACUCCAAUUACCCCUUUACCCUUCUCAAAUCCCCUUCAUUCUUGCAUUUCUUUCAGUCAUUGUACUCCACUAGUCCCUUCUCCAGUAAGGCACCUGCAGUCUUCUAGUAACAGGCAAAGCCCUAUCUUAGUAUCUCAAGGAGCAACUAUGCUAUUGCAUGCAUAUUUACCAUGGGUAUUUUGAACCUCAUUUCUAUGGGCUAUAUUCUACUGUCAGUAUUUUUCCAGUUAUACAGAUCAGAACCUGCCAGUUUGAGAUCCAUUUGUAUUAGUGUGUUUUAAAAUUGUAGAGAGUCAGUUUCCUCUUCACUUUGGUUUGUGAGUUUUUUAAAUGUUUCAAUGAUUAAAGAUAUUGCACAGGGCAAAACUAAGCUAAGUGGACAAGUCCCGUAUUAAUUCUGCUUAUUUCUUUUAAGCUUCCCUGUACCUUUCCCCCCACCCCACCAAAUAAUUUUCUUUCAAUUUCUUUCUCAAUAGCUACAAAUUAAAAAGGAAGGAUAAUGAUGUCCAAAGGAUCAAUGAACAGUAGUGAAAGGCCGGCAGGGGGGGCGGUUAUUGCUCUAAUUAUUCUUAAUAAAUAUAACAAAAUAACUGCCAUGACUGUAAAUAAAUAGUAUCUCAACAAAUGUGGAAUUUUGGUUUUAAAUUUCUCCUGAAGUUGGAAGUGAUAAUUUGUGUUAGCAGUUCUAUUUCUCCAAUUCCUAGGGGUUGCAACAAUUAUCUGACUUGUAUGGUUGAAAAAUAAA